CAGAGAAACCCUACACAGUGUCUAACUUCCCUUGGUCGGUGACAAGAACCCCAUCCAGAAGAUUUAUUUGAGUUGUUCGGCGGCGGGGGAAAGACAGAAUUUUUGGUUCAUCGGUACUCCCGAGCCUUUUCACUUCUACUGGAUUUCUGCAGAGUAGCGGGUCCGUUAAUCGAGGAAGGCUGCUAGCAGGUGUGUGUCUGUUUCUCUCUGUCAAUCCCACGCCUCACUUUGAAAGAUGAAGUUUCCACUGGCAGCAGCCUUAUUCCUAAUAACAAAAGUUCUGCUCAUGGACGGGGUUCAGCCGGCCAGGAUUAAACAGGUGGAGCUGCGGGAUGAAGCGGUUGCAGGUAGAAGAUGCACAACUGGCCCCAUUGAUCUGCUGUUUGUCAUUGACAGCUCCAGGAGUGUCCGACCCUUUGAGUUUGAGUUGAUGAGGAACUUUGUCAUUGACAUGAUCAACUUCUUGACCGUGGGCCCUGAUGCCAGCAGGGUGGCGCUGAUCCAGUACUCCAGCCAAAUUGAGAACGUCUUCUCCUUCAAGACAUUCCAGAAGAAGGAGGACAUGAUCAGAAGCAUCAAGGAGGUGAUCCCACUGGCCCAAGGCACGAUGACUGGGCUGGCCAUCCAGUACGCCAUGAACAUUGCCUUCACUGAGCGGGAAGGAGCCCGGCCUCUGGCAAUGAAGAUCCCAAGGGUCGCCAUCAUUGUGACGGAUGGGAGGCCCCAGGACAGGGUCACAGAGGUGGCAACCAGGGCUCGUGAAGCUGGUAUCGAAAUCUAUGCUGUCGGAGUGCAGAGGGCAGAGAUGAGCUCCCUCAGGGCCAUGGCCUCCUUGCCUCUGGAGGAACACGUCUUCUUGGUUGAGUCCUUUGACUUGAUUGAACAAUUUGCAAAGACUUUCCAGACCAAAUUAUGUGCUCAGGACCUGUGUGCUGAUGGGAGUCACGGCUGUCAACACAUCUGCGUCUCCAGCCCUGGAUCGUUCCACUGCGCCUGCCGUGAGGGUUACGUGCUGAACCCAGACGAGAAGACGUGUACAGCCAUUGACCUUUGCUCCCAGGGAGACCACGACUGUGAACAGAUUUGCAUCAGUUCCCCAGGAUCUUACAGGUGCAGCUGUCGUGAGGGUUUCAGGCUCAACCAGGACCAGAGAACUUGUAGUGCUGUCAACCUCUGCGACCAGGGAGACCAUGGCUGCGAGCACAUCUGCGUCAGCACCCCUGGCUCGUACUACUGUCGCUGUCGUCCUGGCUACACCCUCAACCAGGACAAGAAGACCUGUAGCAUGAUCAAUUACUGUUCGUUCGGGAACCACAGCUGCCAACACGAGUGUGUGAAUGUCCUCAAUGGGUACUACUGCACAUGCCAGGAAGGCUUUGAACUGCAGAACGAUGGCAAAACCUGUAAAGCUGUUAAUGUGUGUAACACUGUGGAACAUGGCUGUGAAUUUCAGUGCGUCAGCACACCCGGCUCGUACUUCUGCAUCUGUCCCCCGGGGAGACAACUCAACCUGGACGGAAAGACCUGUAACAAGUGCAGCCGAGCCAACAUUGACCUGGUCUUUGUCAUUGAUGGCUCCAAAAGUGUGCGACCCGAGAACUUUGAGGUGGUGAAGAAGUUUGUCAACAACAUCGUGGACGCGCUGGACGUCUCCACCCAAGGCACCCGGGUGGGGCUGGUGCAGUACUCCAGCACUGUGCGAACGGAAUUUCCCCUGGGCAAGCACAGCACCACAGAGGCGCUGAAGUCGGCAGUGAACGGGGUGCAGUACAUGGAGAAGGGCACCAUGACCGGACUCGCCCUCAAACACAUGGUGGAGAACAGCUUCACGGCUGCCGGGGGGGCCAGACUGAUGGCUGAAAACUACCCACGGGUGGGCGUUGUGUUCACUGACGGACGCUCCCAGGACAGCAUCUCUGAGUGGUCCAAGAAAGCCAAAGAUGCAGGUAUCACCAUGUAUGCGGUCGGCAUUGGGAAGGCCGUGGAGGACGAGCUGCGGGAAAUUGCCUCAGACCCUGUGGAUCAACACUUCUUCUAUGCAUCUGACUUCAGUGCCAUCGAUCAGAUUGCAGAAAACCUGAAACUCAACAUCUGUGAGGAGGAAGUUACUGGACAGGAAACGAUUAAAGACCCGUGUGCAUGUGAAACUCUUGUAGCCUUCCAACAGGACACACUCUCGGCACUGGAAGGGUUCUCACAAAAAUUGGCCCAGAUGACAGCCAAGCUGGAAGAUUUGGAAAACCGGAUUGUCAAAUCAGUGAAAUGAAACGUAAAAGUAAAUGACCACCAUCUUCACAUCAUCAGAGGUGUUUCUAAAUCGCUAAAAUUGAUUUAGCUUUAUGUGGUUUUUUUUGGGUCUCAUUUUCCAGGAGUUAUUUUUUACAAAGAAAAUAUUCAUUUAGGAUGCAUUUAUUUUCUAUGGCUUCGAACUAUUUAACAGUAAAAGACCAUUUUUACAAGACGUAUAUCUUUACUCAUUUUGUGUUGUACCUGUACAUGCAACAAGAAUUGGUUAAGAAACAGGCAUGUGAAAACUGGGCAUUAGUCAGGGAUUCGAUAGCAUCAAGAUGCAAGGGAGUCAUUGAAGGAGAAAGGUUUCAUGGUCAGUACACUCUGGACUUCCUUCGAAGGGAGAUGAGGAGAGUAGAGUGGUGAGUGUCCUGACUGUGAGCAAAGCCACCGGAGAGACAAAGCUGGUAGAUAUAAAAGUCCUUUUUUGGGGCUCACACAAGCUGACAGCCUUUGGAGUCACUCAAGAGAGAGGCUCCCUGAUCCAACAUGACAGGAUAUUUUUAUAUGUUAAAGAACAAAGGUUACAGGACAAUAUCUAUAGUUAUAAUGCCCUUAUAAUACUUCUUUUGAGUUACAUGUAAUUUUUCAAAUGAUUGGAUCUUCCCACCAACCCACCCAAAAUGAGUGUUAAUUACUGUGGUCUCUGAGUCGUAUUCAAGCAUUUGGGUGUUGAUUGCAUUCAUGAAUGUGCAGACAUCUCAGUCAAUUGGAUGUCUCCUGAUGUAUAAUUUACUGUUAGUGCUGUUUGAGUCCAAUUCAUGCAAUGGAGGGUUGAUUGCAUUCAUGUAUAUGCAGACAUCUCAGUCAGUUGGGUGUUUCCUGGUCUGCAAUUUACUCUAAAAUGCAGCUUCAGGAAGACCAUUGCUCCAAGCCGCAUUUUAAAUUUAAUUUACAAUCUAUAUUCAGAUCAGAAGAUUGGUUGCUGUUGAAAUUAAUAUUUGUUUAAAUUCCUAACUCUGGAAUAUACCCUAACAGUGGGAACGAGAAAUAAAAAAAAAUAAAAAUGCUCAGAUCUGGAAAGGAAAUUAAUUGAUUGGGGAAACAACUGACACUAUCACAUCUUAAGUCUUGUGACUGAGGGCAUGUUUGAGGGAGAGACUUUCACAAGGUUUAUCUAGACAAGCAUUUGAUUUGCUAAGGCUUGGAAGGUUGCAGUUGCUCACACCCACCUCAACUAAUCCUAUUUACUAGCACAAUGGGCCAAAGGGUCUUCUUUGUGCUCUAUGAGUCUAUAACCAG